AUGGCGAAGUGGGAUGGAGGAUACGAAGAAGGUCGAGCUCGCGUUUUCACGGCGGUUAACUCUGCGUGUCAUGACCGAGAUAGAUUCGAGGAUUGGUUCUUUGACAACAUCGGCGGUCCCUGCAAUCAUGAAGAGUGCAUUAAGUUUCCAGGUGGUUGCAUGUUAACGGCGGAGGGUCUUGGUUGCGCUCCCUGUAUCAAGAAGGGAAGACCGUGCCCCUGGAAAGACGCCUACAUUAUCACCGUCAUUCUUGGGGAGUUGGAGGUGCCCUACGGGAAAGCAUUCCAGUUUUUCACCAAACUCCUCAAAGACCCCAUCUUCCGCGAUAUCCUUCGCGGGGAAUACUCUAGGAACCCGGAUCCAAGCGGUGUUCUGAACCCCGUCCAGAUUCAAGGCCGGCUCCAUGAAGUUGAGUUGGAACUGAAGGAGGCCCGCGAGGAAAUCGAGCGCCGUGAUGCGAAGCUCAAGAGGCUCAUUGAGGACCUUAAAGAAACCAAAGAGAGGCUGGCUGACUGCAAACGAGAGCUUUCAAUCUAUACGCAGCGCCAGGUUGAGCUCGCUCCCGCAGGUUCCAACAACCCCGCCGCCGAACGCUCUUCUCGACCAUUUUACAUCGGCAGCAAGCGGUCUCUGGCAGCCUAUCGGCAAUCAGGCUGUCGCGAAGAGCGAACACUAAACCAAACUAGAAACCAGAUAAGGUGA